AUGGGGGCGUACCAUCUUCUAGUAGUAAGGUCAUGUGUCUUAGCGCUGGCAAUGGUUAGCGUCUCUGUGGCCCAGAAUUCUCCACAGGACUACCUCGACCUCCAUAACGAAGCCCGCGCUCAGGUUGGGGUUGGUCCGAUGGUGUGGGACGACACCGUCGCUGCCUACGCACAGAGCUAUGCCUACCAGAGGAGGAGCGACUGCAACCUUGUGCAUUCUCGUGGGCCCUAUGGUGAGAACCUCUUCUGGGGGUUCGGGGCCGAUUUCACGGGCCGCGACGCCUCCGAGUUGUGGAUCAGCGAGAGGCAGUACUACGAUUACAAUACCAACAGCUGCCUGGCCGGCCAACAGUGCGGGCACUACACGCAGGUGGUCUGGCGUAAUUCGGUGAGGCUGGGCUGUGCUCGCGUCCAGUGCGACAACGGGGCCAUCUUCAUCACCUGCAACUAUGACGGUCCUGGAAACUACAUCGGCCAACGGCCUUACUAG